CGUAGACAAGCUUCAAAGUCUGCGUAAGGACCCCGCCCGCCCAUUUGCCCAGCAUUCCAUCGCUGCCUGGACUUCUGCCUUUGAACCUCUAGUCCUGGCAUCAUGAGCGACUACGGAUCUGGCGAUGAUCUGUUCGACGGGGAUGAGGCAGGUGCCGCCCUGGAACACACAGCCUCCAGCCAAAUCCAGCCUGCCAACACCUCACCGCAAGCUCCACUGAAGCGCAAGUUCGAGGAUGAGGAGGACGAGUUUGACAAUCUUAUGACUGAGGGCUUUUCAGCGAUCGAAGAUGUCAAGAAGCCGAGGAUCAAGCUCGAAGCCGACAACGAGCCGCCGUGCCCUCGAAGGACCGAGCUGGCGCGCAAGAUCCUCCGCCAGACAUUUGGCUAUGGCGGCUUUCGCCUGGAGCAGGAAGCUGCAAUCUCUUGCGUUCUCAGUGGUAGGAAUGCUAUGGUUGUGAUGCCCACGGGAGGAGGCAAAAGUCUGUGCUAUCAGGUUCCAGCAAUCGCUUUCGCGGAACUGGACUCUGCUGAUGGCAGUGUCAGGCCCGGCGGCCAUGGCAUCACCAUCAUCGUCUCUCCCCUUCUAGCCUUAAUGAGGGACCAGGUAGAAGUGCUCAAGCGCAAGGGCGUUGCUGCUGAGAGUAUCGACUCCACCAAAACUUGGGAGCAGCAGCAAGAGAUCAGCGCCAAGAUGCGGAACGGGACACUCCGUCUCCUGUACUGCGCUCCAGAGCGCCUGAACAACGAGGGCUUCAUCGAGAACCUCAAGCAUGUGGCUGGCGGGAUCCGGCUCGUCGCAGUCGACGAAGCCCACUGCAUCUCCGAAUGGGGUCACCAGUUCAGGCCGGACUACUUGAAGGUCGCUCGGUUCGUGCAGGAGGUCAAGGCCGAGAGGGCUAUCUGCCUCACAGCCACGGCCACGACCAAGGUCAUUGACGAUGUUUGCAAGGCCUUCGACAUCGCCAAGACCGAUGUCUUUCGCACAGCACCAUAUCGCCCCAACCUGCGCCUUCUCGCGAAACCCGUGAAGCUAGCCGAUGACAAGUUGGAUCAGCUCCUCUCAUUUUUGAUGGGACACAAGGGCCCGACGCUGGUCUACGUUACGGCCCAGUCACAAGCCGAGGCCCUCGCGCAGAAGCUAGUCAAAGCUGGUUUGCGUGCUGUGCCGUUCCAUGCAGGCAUGAAGACAGAAGACAAGGAAGCCAACCAAGACAAGUUUAUGGCCGAUAAGGUCGAUAUUGUUGUCGCUACCAUCGCGUUCGGCAUGGGAAUCGACAAGCCCAACAUCCGAAAUGUGGUCCACUACGGCAUCCCAGGCUCAGUCGAGGAGUAUAGCCAACAGGUUGGCCGCGCAGGACGAGACGGAAAGCCUAGUAGCUGCAUGUUCUACCUCUGCCCUGAAGACCUGGAUGUUCGCUCAGUGCUCGCAUACGGCGACACACCAACGCGGAAAGCCCUGGGGUCGGUGCUACAAAAUAUCUUUGACGACGAGGUCACGGCCCUUCCUGUCGACGGCGUCUUCAAACGCAGUCAAUAUGCCCAGACGAACGAAUACGAUAUUCGUGCCAACCCUCUGUCUAUUGUAUAUGCGAUGCUGGAGCUGCGCUUCAAACUGAUACGCGCCAUCACCCCUGAGUAUGGACAGUACAAGUUCACCACUCAAACCACAUACGACGCCACCAUCUCGAACGACAAGUCCCCCGCAGCACAGGCUAUCGUCCAAUUCUCCUCCAAGCCACAGAGAGGCAAGAACUACACCAUGGACGUUCAGACCGCCGCCCGAGCCCUGAACAUCAACCGUCAGGAGAUCAUUAGGAAGCUCAACGAGCUGCACGACAGGGGCUUCAUCAAGCUGACAGCUUCGGGAGUGGAGAACCGGUACCGGGUCAUAUCCAAGAAUUUGCCCCGGACGCCAGACCAGAUCAAUACUCUGGCGGACGAGAUCUUUGCGGACCUGAAGCAGCGUGAAGCGGAUGCAGUCCAGCGGAUCGAUCAGGUCAUAGGAUUGGUGACAGGAAAGCAGUGCUUUGCCCACGCGCUGUCGUUGCAUUUCGACAUGGAUCUUCCAGACGACAAGAAGAGCUGCGGUCACUGCGGAUACUGCGAGACUGGCGUCGCAGUUGUCAUGCCCGACGCGCCGCCACGGCCACCGGUUGGCGUGGAUCUCCUGAUGGAAAUCCUUGAUGCCAUCCCGGAUCGCGACGACCCCCUACUUCUAACCAAGAUUGCGUUCGGCAUCACCACCCCGCGCGUGACGCGGAUGAGAAUAAGCAGAAAUCGUUUCUUUGGGUCGCUAACGGGCCACAACUUUGACGAUGUCCUCGACGAGUUCACUCAGAUCUGCAGCCAGGCUGGCGGCAAGACUAGCAGCAUCAAGCGGGAGAGCUCCACACCGAUAAUCAAGAAGGAACCAACGAGCAGCGCAUAUUCGGGCCGACCGACUCAAACAUCUGGUAGUCAAGGCUGGGGACGAGGUCGGGGCUCUGGAUCCCGCCAGGCCUCUAGUAGUCGGGGCGGGGGACAAGGCCGGGGUUGGGGGCGGACGUGAAGCUCUUGGCUGCGUUCAGAGGCCAAUACCUAUGGCAGAAACGAGCCAAGCAAUAAAUAUACUCCUCUUCUAACGCCGAGAGAGGGCUCGAGUGUCCACUCCCGAGGCGAGCCUCUAUGAUGGCAAACGCCCAAAGUUUGUCUUGAGGGAUUUAACUCGCAGGGGUGGGCGACAUCAGGCACUAUCCGACAGCAGACUACCUCACAACAGGGCCGAGAAGUGUCCGCGAGCCCCGUUGGGGCUGGUGUCGCAAAGCCAAGAUUCCUAUCAGCGAUGGCGGAUCUUGCCGCCAAGAUGUACGACCAUGCGUAUUGGAGGGGGCAAGCAACAAUCUUGCCUUUUUGGAUGGGCGUUUGCGCCCAAUGUCCACUCACGUGCCCCUUGGCUUGCUUUUGCCGCCAUGCUACCCUGCGGCCCGACCGCGGGCAAGGGGCAGCCGACCCGAAGGGCGCCCCGCAGUUGCUUGGGUGCGCCGCCAAGAGACGAAAAUCCCCGUUGCUGUCGCAGUUGGGCGGGCGGCGGUGGCUGUGCAAUGUCGAUGAUAUCUCUUGGCCUUUAUCCCUUGGUUCCAUUUCAUUAUUCAUUUCCCCUUGACCGACAUUGUUUUCUAUCUUGCCUUGGCAGUCACAGCGCAGCUAUCGCCAAGCAACGGAUAUCUGUGGGAGAGGAUCCACUUUGGUGGUUCGCGACGAGGAACUUGUCAUGUUAGCGUUUUUCUGAUGUUUUCUCCAGGCUGGCGAUCUUGCCUCGGCCAGACUCGUCCAAUAUUAUUGUUAUGUCGACCGGUUCUUGCUGCGUAGCAGGGGCUAUGUUCACACACGACGUCGUUCUGUCGGCGGGGCUCGUUAUUCCGUGGGGGUUCUUCUCGAGCUGUGUUCCCUGCCUGUCCCCCCUUGGUCCGGGAUAUUGUCCCCCCUUCCCCGGCGCCGUGAGUUGGACCUGUUUGUUCCGAAUUCCUUUGACCAAUCCACAGCGAAGAUGGCCUUGGCGCGCAGGUAAGCUACACUGUCGCAGGGUGGUCGAGGGGAAGGGUCACUUGCGCGACAGCUCUCUCCCGCCCUCUUGGCCCUCUAGUCGGCGACCUCGCCCGCCCGUCCGUGUCUCGAUCUCGCACCGUCGCCGUUUUGGAGAGGCGCUCGGUGGCACCUGGGCGGGUAACGUGGGCCUGUCGGUCUGUCCAGGGCCGGAUCGGGGAGAGAAUGUUCUAUGAACCAAGGGAGCUGGCGCAGGCGAGCG